GUCAGAGAGGGGUGGAGGACACUUAAUGGAGGCAAGUGGAGGGAUUUGCAGAGAGGGGUGGAGGACACUGAAUGGAGGCCAGUGGAGGGAUUGGCAGAGAGGGGGGGAGGACACUUAAUGGAGGCAAGUGGAGGUGAAUGGAGGCCAGUGGAGGGAUUGGCAGAGAGGGGUGGAGGACACUUAAGGGAGGCAAGUGGAGGGAUUUGCAGAGAGGGGUGGAGGACUAGUAUGAGUCUAGCAGCAAUCGCUGAUCAGUUGGUAAGGUGUAAGAGUCUAGCAGCAGUCACUGAUCGGUCGGUAAGGUGUAUGAGUCUAGCGGCAGUC